AACAUGUUCACCAAAGCCUCCGUCGUUGCUUUCUUCGCCAGCAUUGCCGCUGCGCAGCUCCACGCCGCUGUUGGCGAGCCCUCUGGCAACCCCAUCACCCGUCCCUUGAACGAGGUUGUCCCUGCUUGCAAAGCCUUCACCAUCACCUGGCAGCCAACCACCACCAACACGGUCUCGCUCCUCCUGCUCCGCGGCCCCUCCACCAACGUUGUUCCCAUUCAGACUCUUGCCGAGGGCAUCAACAACUCUGGUUCCUUCGCCUGGACCCCUGCCUCCUCCCUCGAGGCUGACACCACCCACUACGGACUCCAGCUGAUCGACGACGUUACCGGACAGUACCAGUACUCCACUCAGUUCGGUAUCUCCAAGGACGACUGCUCCGUUGUUGUCUCCUCCAGCUCUGCUGCCCCUGUCGCUAGCUCCACCCCCGCUGGCUACCCCGUCGCCUCUUCCUCCACCCCCGCUGGAUACCCCGUCAAGUCCUCCAGCUCUGCUGGCUACCCCGUUGCUUCGUCCUCAGUCGUCAAGUCCACCCCCGUUGCUCCCUACCCCACCACCGUCAAGACCGUCGGCACCGUCGCCCCUGGCUACAACUCCACCAUCAUCCAGCCCACCGGCUCGUUGACCGUCCCCAGCUCACUCCGCCCCUCUGCCACCGGCGCGGCCAACGGCACCAACUCCGCGUUGCUCCCCGAGUCCACCGGCGCUGCCGGCUCCAUCAAGGCUGGUCUCAGCCUUGUCGGUGCCGCCGCCCUUGCUGCGCUCAUGCUCUAAAUUACUCCCUUUUAGUGUUUGUGCUUUCAAAAAUUGCAUUGGAGCUAAUUGGGAUGUCAAUAACGUCAUGAUGCUGCGUUCGGUUUGCUUUCUUUUCUAAGAUACUCCUGGUGUUUAUUAGGGUAUAUACCGCUUUUGUCUGGUUUCCAUCUUCGACCCAUGGUGGCUGGGUUGUGUAGAUAGUCAAUAACAUCUGCACUGUAUAUGAUUGAAUGUCUUCUCCCCU